AUGCAUUAUUCAGUUAUAUGUAAUUUUGCUUGUCACGGUCUUGUCAUGCACUAUGGUGAGGAAAAAUACGUAGAUAAGAAUUUCGGAGAUGAAUUUUCUUUAUUGGAUCUUCUAGCUAUAUGUAAACAGUUUGUCGAUGUCAAUUCUACUGGUAUAACUCUCACUGAUAGACAUAGGAAGGAAUUAAGGUCUGAUGCAGAUGUCUUCGCUAUGAUUGAAGAACAUAAGGAUGUGCAAGUUAUACAUGUUUAUUUGGACAAAGAUAAUGCAGUCAAGCCUUUUUCAUAUAGAAUUCCAGAAGAUAACUCCAAUCAAGGCAGCCAAUUACAUUAUUUGAAUAACCAGACCAAUAAUACGCAACCCAUUCCGAAAGUGAUAAAUGUCAAAAUAUUUGGUGAGCUCAAGACAAACGAGAUUGUGAGAAUACAUGGUGAUGUUAUUGAAGAGACGGAAAGAGUUAGUAUAGUUCAAUUGUUUACAACAAUUUCUAAGAAUUAUGAUGUUGAUAAUGGACUUGCACCAAUAAGCAGCCCUCUAGUUGACAAAGAGUUUACUGUACCUUUAGAAGCAGUCGGUCAUUUCUUAGUUGCAAAAUACACACCCAUGACUGAAAAUGGAAAAUCAGGUGAACCCGUGUACGCUAUAUCGGAAACAUUUGUUAAGAGUUCAAUACCUCAAGAGAAAAAGAAAGUUCGAGGAAGAAACAAGAAUAAGAAAGUAGCAGGUCUUAAAUCAGGAGAGAAACUUGAAAUAUUGUUUUAUAAUAAUCGUGGUAUGGGAAUGAAUCAAGCAUUUUGGUCAAGACAUUUGGGAAAAAUUAUACGCGACCCCAACAUCACUCCUGUACGAGUGCAAACAUGGAAGGAAAUUAAAGAAAAUGACAAGAAGCACAUGUGGACUUCCGUCAAGGAAUGUUUUUAUAAUCCUGACAUUGAGGCGUAUUAUGAACAAACAUUGGAGCAUAUGUGUUCUUUGUGGACAAGUUGGAGAUCAAGUUUGAAUGUAAAAUAUGUGAAACCAUGCAAAACUAAAGUUGAGGCUGUAAAGAAUGUGCCUGAAGGGAUGGAAUCUGCUGAUUGGGAGUGGCUUGUAGAUAAUAAAUUUUUAAGUGAUGAAUUUCAGGAUAUUAGUUCUCGAAACACUAUCAAUAGAAGUAAAGCAAUCAUCCCUCACGCUCACCGUUGUGGAAGUAAACCACAUAGAGAAAUUAUAUAUGAGAUGGGAGGUAAAGAUGGUAAACCCCCGGACUUGGCAACUUUGUACUUUGAAACUCGAAAUAGAGGUGGAAAAUUAGUUGAACCAGAAGUAGCAAACAAAUAUGAUGAAAUUAUCAAAAUUAUGCUAUCUGAGCCAUCUAUAAAAGAAAUUGAACUGCUUGAAAAAUGCUUUGGACGACAACGUCACAGUCAUGUUUUUGCUUAUGGUGGGGGGAUGAAGCGAAAAAAAUUUCAUGGAUCAUCAAAGUCAGCGUAUGUUGAAGAGCUUGAGGCUAGACUUCGUGAUAAGGAAGAAGAAAAUUGCAUUCUUAAAAGGCGCAUGGAAAGUUUUGAAAGUAGAUUAGAUAAGAUGGAAAAUAACCAUAUACACCAAUCUACAUCAACACCAAACAAUCAGGCUAGCUAA